CUCUGCUCUCCAUGGCUGCAACCAUCUCCUUCUCUGUCUGCUCAGAUCCUCGCCAAGCCCACACCCACCUCCACUCACACCUUCACACUCAGCCCCUUAAGAACCUUCUCUUCAAUCCACACCACGCCCUCUCCAUUACAUCCUCAUCUCCGAAGCCUACGCACCCUUUGCUCCUUCUGCACAAAUUCGACAGUUUUAAGUUUUACCCUGCUUGUACCUCAUCUCAUUCUUCUUCUUCUUCCUCUUCUGAAUCAUAUCUCAACGACCCACUAAGAAUUGGCCGGUUUCUUACCAGCGAAGAAGCUGAGAAGCUCCAAAUCCUACACAAUUUCAGAUAUUCUCAAGAAUUUGUAUCUGGGUCGUUGUUGGUUCGUGUGAUGGGUGCAGAAGAGAUAGAUGUCACAGUUGGUUUGCUUUCUGAAUCGUUUGCAGAGUCCAUGUCUCUACCUUCAGGUUACGUCCGUUUCUUGGCGUUCCUGGUGAAUAAGUAUAUGAUUGAGAGGAGAGCCCUAAUGCCCCACACAGCGACCCUCAUUGGAUUUUAUAAGGGAGAGGGUGGUGAAGAGGAGCUGGCAGGUACGGUUGAGGUUUCUUUCAAUAACCAAGGUGUCAAUGCUUCUCCUCCAAGCCCCACUCCUCCCAAGGACUCCCCUUACAUAUGUAAUAUGACUGUGAAGAAGCAGCUCCGAAGGAGGGGCAUUGGUUGGCAUCUUUUGAAGGCAUGUGAAGAACUGAUAUCUCAGAUGAGUUGUACUUCUAGGAAAGUGUACCUGCACUGCAGAAUGAUUGAUACAGCUCCCUUUAAAAUCCAACACAAUGCAGUGAACAGCUUUCUUGCUGAGUGAUUUAAGAGUAAGAGACUGAUUGGAUGGUUUCUGUUUGCGUCUCAUGUAUCUGGUAGGGGCCUUGUGUUCGAAGUAUGUUAUGCUGUGGAUGCAAUAUGGGUUCCAGAACUGAAGCACUCUCUAGUAGGC